GUGUUCUUGACUUGUCGUUCUUUUCCGUCUCCGAAGCUGAAACCUUUCAAUUCUCGCUGAAAGUUCUGGUCUUUUCAAGUUGAAUGUCCUACGCCUUCACUAGGUCACUAGGGUUUUUCUCCGCACUGAAGAAGGUCAUUUUAUCAACAAAGAAAACGAAUAGCAGCCUCUCUCUACGGGUUGCUGCUUCAGCUAUGGAUGGCAAUUCAAGUUGCGCGUUGGUGUUAUGCGGAAAAUCAUCGGCAGAGAAUGAAACUGCCAAAACGCUGAAGAACAGUGGCGCUCUGAAGCUCACUGACAACACUGAGCUUUCAAUUCUUCUGCACUCUGAAUCGGAAAAACCGAUCAAGGAAGACGCUUUUGGGGUGGAUUCGUUCAUGAACUCUCUCUCAACCAAUCGGUUCGGAAGGUUCCUCCUUUGGUCUCCACGCUUGCCUUCAACGCACGACGUCGUCUCCCAGAAUUUCUGUGAGCUUCCGAUCGGUGCGGUAUGUGUGGCUGAUGUUCAGUACAAAGGGCGAGGCCGGUCGAAGAAUGCGUGGGAAUCUCCCAAGGGUUGCCUUCUUUUUUCCUUUACUUUGCAGAUGGAGGAUGGCCGAGUCGUGCCUCUUAUACAAUACGUGGUGUCUCUUGCUGUCACGGAGGCAAUAAAGGAUGUUUGUGAUAAAAAUGGCUUGCCAUAUGUUGAUGUUAAAAUAAAAUGGCCAAAUGAUCUUUAUUUAAAUGGCCUCAAAGUGGGAGGUAUUUUAUGCACCUCGACAUUUAAAUCGAAGCAGUUCAAUGUCUCUGCUGGUAUAGGUUUGAAUGUUGAUAAUGAGAAACCAACUACAUGCUUGAAUACAUUUCUUAGAGAAUUGUCUGUUACGACAUACCAAUUUAGAAGAGAAGAUAUUCUUGCUGCCUUCUUUGACAAAUUUGAGAAAUUUUAUGAGCUUUUUAUAAAUCAAGGAUUCCAAUCUCUUGAGGAGCUAUACUAUAAGACAUGGCUACACAGCGGACAGAGGGUUAUUGUGCAAGAAAAGAAUGAGGAUCAAGUAGUGGAAAACGUGGUCACUAUUCAGGGUUUGACCUCAUCAGGAUAUCUGUUAGCUAUUGGUGAUGACAACCAGAUGUGUGAACUUCAUCCUGAUGGCAAUAGUUUUGACUUCUUCAAAGGAUUGGUCAGACGAAAGCUUGACUGAAGAAGAUGCCUUGGCACCUUGCAUCAGUGGCUACAAUCUUGCUCUAUCAUGUGCACCACUGAGAAUGUUUUUUCUUUAGUUACUUUUUUCUAUUUUGGUUUUAUUUAUUGUUCUCAGUAUAGAUCUCGAUCAAACUUAGAUCUGUAUUUCUUUGCUUAAUAAUAUCAGAAGUCAUGGAUUACAACCA